AUGAUCAAGGAGUACGUUAAGUUCAAGGAUUCUGUGUUCACAAUGGACAGAUGGAUCAAUUCACCAUCUGGCAAGCUCAAGAUCUAUCUCUUCAAUGUGACAAAUGCAGAGGAACUUCUCAGUGGUCGCGAUGAGAAAGUGCAUCUAGAGCAGAUCGGUCCCAUAACAUACAAAAUCAAUAGCCACAAUUAUAUAAUCAAUCGAACCAAGGACAGUUUGACGUAUCGCAAGGAUCCCUAUCGCAAUUUCAAUUUCAUGCCAUUCGAAAGCAUUUCCCCGGACAUUCUCAACAAUACAAUUGUUCAGCUUUAUUUAAGAAUAAAUCAGGUUUUCACCGUCAACAUCGGCAUGAAACACGGCAUGGAGAAUUUCUUUCGCAUACAGACUUUCAAGGGAGAGCGCCUCAUAUCGAGUUUCGAUUGGACAUCUGUCAGCGAUGAUUGUGCCAUCAACGUACAAGGAGCAUUUGACAAUUCACUUUUUCCGCCUUUCAUCACAAAGAACACCUCCCUCAAUAUUAUGGCCUUCCAACUAUGUAGAGUUAUCCCACUUCAAUAUCAACGCGAGGAGAUACUCCAUGGCCUCCAUGGCUAUCGUUAUGUGCUUAUGCCGCCCAAGGAGACGAAAUGUUUUUCUAAAGUAUACGGCGAGACGUUGCCCAAGGACAUGUUUGAUAUAUCCAAUUGUGUGCGCAUGCCUUGGCUUGAAAAAGUUCCAACUGCCUUCUCGGCACCACACUUUUAUGGCAGCAGCUAUAAUUGGUCGGAGCAUUUCGAGGGCCUCAAUCCCAAUGCUGAAGAGCAUGAACCUUUCAUCUUGCUUGAACCCACGACUGGUGUAAAGAUCAAUGAGAGGAUUCGUUUUCAGUCGAACACCAUCUUGCCCGAUCUAAGAAAUAUGUAUAAUGGAUUGCAAAGGCUCAGCAAUAAGAUUGUACCGAAUUUUUGGUAUGAGUUUGAGAUGGAUGAACUGCCAUUUAAUGUACGUUUCAUUAUUUUCCUCAAUGCCUACGCAAUAAAAGAUAUCUUCCAGAAAAUGCUUUUAAUAGGAUAG